AUGGAUAUUAUGGAAAUUGUUCCAAGCAUCGUAGUUAAAUUGAUUUUGAAGAUUCAUUUUGUUUUUUGUUUUUUUCCUUUCCGUCAGGUGUUAAAUGCUGGAAAAAAUAAGCUUAAAUCUAUGGAUGAGGUGAAAUAUCUUGUGAACUUACGUGCUUUGAUUUUGAAUGACAAUGAAAUUGUUUCUAUGUGUAGGCUUGAUCAAUUGAAAGACUUGAAUACAAUUGUUCUAUCUAGAAAUCCUAUCUGUGAAAUUGGUGGGUCUCUUGCCGAGGUGAAGCAUGUCACAAAGACAAUUGACUCUUCCCUCAAAUCCUGCGCGGAGUUAAAGGAGCUUCGACUUGCUCACAAUGAGAUCAAGGCACUCCCUGCUGAGUUGGUUUAUAACAAAAGGCUCCAAACCUUGGACUUGGGAAAUAAUGUUAUAACCAGGUGGUCUGAUUUGAAGGUUUUGGAAUCAUUAGUUAACUUGAGUAAUCUCAAUUUACAAGGAAAUCCUGUUGCAGACAAGGAUAACAUAACAAAAAAGGUCAGAAAGCUAAUUCCAAACUUGCAUAUAUUCAAUACUAGACCAAUAGAUAAAAGCAAGAAGAACGAAAAAAGUGACAGAUGUGAUGCUGCUGCUAAGCUAGUAGUCAAUGAAGAAGUGAAAAGAGAUAACACCAUUGAAGAUGACUACAAACAUCAUGUGGCGGACAAAGACAAAGAGAAGUUCCCGAAUGAUGCUGGUGAUUUUGAUGUGGGAAAAGAACUGAAGCGAAAAAAGAAGAAAAAUGUUGAACUUUUGAAGAAAGAACGAUUGCAUGAGGAUGAUGGUAAAGCUGUCGGAAAGAAACCAAAGAGGAAAAGAUCAAAGGCGGAACAAGGCGAACUCGAUGUCAUCGAUGAUGGAGAAACUCCUUUUAUGGACCUUUUCACUAGUGAUAAGAAUCAAGUAGAUGAUGGUGAGAAGGUACUCAACAGAAAUGCAGACUUUGAAGGUGGCUCGGUUACCUACCCUACUAAGAAAAAGAAAACCAAGAACCGGCACAUGGGUGCACUCAAAAUGUCUCCGGAGAUAAAAGUUGGAUUGGGUGGACCAUCAACAUGGGAUAAUUAGUAUUUAUCUCUCUUCCUUUUCGAGUUUGAUGACUUGAAGAUAGUGAUAUAACUCUCUAAUUAUAGAGUUGAUGACUUGAAUCCGAAUUUUACGUCUCUAAUUAUGUGUGAGAGAAGAAAACUCAAGACUCUCUAAUUUCAAAAUUAAUGACUUGUGAUUGAUUGGUGC